AACACUCGGUGUAUCAAAUUGCUGCUGAGCUUAAUCAAAUAUCGUUUCAAACGUAAGGAUUUUCCGUCUCAAUUCAAGCCAUAAUACUAUAUAAUACUAUUUCAUCGUGCAAAGAAUAAGUCAUAUUUUAUCUUUAAAUGUCCUCUUGGAAUAGAACUUUUCAAUCUUCUAAAGUUGGCCAUCAUCAUUAGAUAUGACAGAACUGGCCACAGAGUCAAUGUUUUAAUAACAUAAAGUAUUACUUAUUAUAACAAUAUGGUGGUCGAUUGGCGUUGGAUUUCGUGGAGAAAAAGGCUAGGUAGCGGAGAAAAAGCUUUUUUAAAGUUUGGAUUACCUAUGGUGCUGUUGGUUGUGAUUGGCUCCGUAGGUCUGUCGGAAUUCACAGAUAUUAAAAUAAAAAGACGAGAUGAAAAAAUUCGUAAGAUGAACUACGAAGAAAGCCAAACAUUUUACGUAAAGAAGAAGAAAAAACCUUUAAGCUUAGAAGAGGCUUAUAAUGAAGUAAGAACUAUUGAUAUUGAUGAGUGGGAAAACAAACGAGUGCCGCGACCUUGGACUGAUAACUGAUAAUUCUUACUUGGUCAUGUAGAUAUAUCAUACUAAGUGUGUGAUGAAAUUUCAAUGGUGUUGCCUUGAACUGCCUGUACGAAAAAUUUCUCAAGGCAAUACUGUUAAUUUAAGGUCACUUAAACCGGCAUCAUUCAGAUGUUCAAAGUCCAAACUGAACUUUGGUAGUGGUGGUGGUGGUAGAACAGGAGGUUGGGGAUUAAAAAUAUUGCUAUUUGUAUCAAAGUUUAUAAUGGGAUAUUUGGAAACAAAUCACGUGACUGUGCUGUGCUAAUGAUUGACCAUAGAGUGUCAAGUAUAAACAUUAUGUAUUUAUUUGUAGAGCAUUAUUUGUCCAUGUCAAUAUAGCUCAGUGAGUUUAGCAGUAUUUACUAUUUAAAAUUCAGUAUUUUGCUACUAAGACUUUGCA